UUUUAGAAGAUCCAACUUUCUAGUGGUCAAUCCCUGAGACUGAGACUGAGCCUGAGCGUUACACGUAUAUUCAAUGUCCAGUGACCAGUGUCGACAAAAUCCCAAAUCCCAGUUCAAGAAUCAGCAUCAAGAAACCCCACAUUUGUAUUUGCUUCAUCUCUCUCUCUCUCUCUCUCUCUCUCUCUCUCUCUCUCUCUCUCUCUCUCUCUCUCUCGUUGAAAAUCCAUUCGGCAGAGAAAAAUUAGACGAUGGGGAAGGAAACGGAGUGCGAUGGGCCUCAGCAUUUUGAUCUUAACACGGGAGCCAAGAUGCCAUCCGUUGGUCUGGGAACAUGGAAUGCUGCUCCCGGCGUCGUCGGCAAAGCCGUCGUCGCUGCCGUCAAGGCUGGUUACAGGCAUAUUGACUGUGCUCGAGUGUAUGAUAAUGAGAAAGAGGUAGGGGUUGCCCUGAAGGAGCUAUUUACCUCUGGGAUAGUGAAGCGCAGUGAUAUUUGGAUCACAUCUAAGCUAUGGUGUAGUGACCAUACGCCAGAAGAUGUUUCCAAGGCACUUAGCAAGACUUUGGAAGACCUGCAACUUGACUAUGUUGAUCUCUAUCUAAUACAUUGGCCAUUUCGGACGAAGCCCGGUUCGAAGGGUUUUGACCCAGAAGUCAUGGCUCCUUUGUGUCUUCCAGAGACGUGGACAGCAUUGGAGGGGUUGUAUGCAUCCGGACAGGCACGAGCAAUCGGGGUGAGCAACUUCUCCACCAAGAAGCUGCAAGACCUUCUCAAGUAUGCCAAAGUGCCACCUGCUGUGAAUCAGGUGGAAUGCCACCUUGUGUGGCAGCAACCUACACUUCACAACCUCUGCAAAUCAACUGGAGUUCAUCUCUCUGCAUAUUCUCCUCUGGGAUCUCCAGGGUCUUGGGUAAAAGGUGAAAUCCUUAAGGAACCAAUACUGCUUGAGAUUGCUGAGAAGCUCAACAAAUCGCCGGCACAAGUGGCUCUUCGAUGGGGCAUUCAGAGUGGUCAUAGUGUCCUCCCAAAGAGUGUAAAUGAGUCUAGGAUUAUCGAAAAUAUUAGUCUAUUUGAUUGGAUCAUCCCCCCAGAGCUCUUCUCAAAAUUCUCCAAUACCCACCAGCAACGGCUCCUCCGAGGGGAUUUUGCAGUCCAUGAAAAUUGCAGUCCUUACAAGAGCCUUGAAGAACUGUGGGAUGGUGAAAUAUGAGGUGAAGAAAGCUCCUUUCCAAUUUCAUUCAGAUGGUCCAAUGCAAGUUCAGAAGAUCAAACUCAUACAUGGAACUUUCAUCUCGAGGCAGUAAUGCUAUGAGAAUUCACAGUUAAAUUUGAUAGGUUUUGAGUUGAUUAACCAAGGGAAACCCAUUUAAAGCUUGCUAGACUUUCCCAUCAAAAUAUAUAGUAGGAAUAAACAUCAAUAGGUCAAACUUAAAUUUUGUAGCCAUGUUGUUUCUUACAUUUUCUUUCACUUGAAUGUUCUUAAUUGAUAAAAAAUUAGUUUCAAUUCCUAGAAA